AUGGUGAAGACUACCUAUGCUCUUACAUUGUUCGCUGCUAUGAGCCUGGCGGCUCCGCUGCCGCCCGCUGGCAAUGAGCAGACUGGAAUCCAGCAAAUGCGCCGUGAUGGCGGCGGCAACUUCCUUGGAGCUGGUGCCGACGGCGCUGUGAAUCAGAUGGUCGGCCAACUUGGCGAUCAGCUCAAAAACCAGGAUGCAGGAAAGCCCAAACCUGAAAAGUCGGAGGCUGAGAAGAAGAUUGAAAAGAAGAAGGCAGACAUUCAGAAGGCCGCCAAGAGCCAGAAGAGUGGCUUGCUCGACAGUCUGCCUGUCGUGGGUGGACUUCUCGGAGGUAAGCGCAGCGUCAACGAGAAUAACCACCAGACUCGUUCCUUUACCGGAGAUCUCAGCAACUUCCCUAUCCUGGGUGAUCUUUUCGGUGGCAACCAAGGCAAGACCGACAACACAAACAAGCCCCUGGGAAAUGGCGAUGCCAUGCCCAGCAACAAGGCACGGUCGUACACCGUGCAUGGCCAGAAUUACGGACAGAAUGCUGGCCAAAAUGAGGGCCAGAACGAGGGUCAAAACGAGGGCCAGAAUUGGCUCCAGAACUACGGCCAAAAUGCGGGUCAGAACUACGGCCAGAACUACGGUCAGAAUCAACGCCGCUCUUUGACUGGGGAUCUCAGCACCCUGCCUGUUGUUGGCAGCCUUCUCGGUGGUGACCAGAAGGCCGAUCAACAGAAGCGCAGUGAUAUCACCUCGAUCAGUGACACCGUCGCUGAUGCAAUGGAUGCGGGCGUGGACCAGGCGUCCGAAUUGGCGGACUCCAUGAUACCAGAUCGCCGUGACUUGGAGGCCGUGGAAUCGAAGGCUCCCAAUGCACAGCAAUCGCAGAAGGAUGACGCUACUAAUGAUCCCCUCAAGGCCCUGGCCAGCGAGAGCGGCCUCGGCGGACUAUUUGGCCACGAGCACCACGGUCUUGGCUUGCUGCCAAUGAACGGCCGCCGUGAUGUUUCGGAGCACGAGGCCCGCGGGGCGCCCAUCCAGGGGGCGACUCUGCCCGAUGUAUUGCUUCAAGGAGGGGUUCUGGGCAAGGUGAGCAAGUUCCUGUCGCCCGGAGGCGCCCAGUAA